UUGACCAUUUUUACUUACAGAUUCAGAUCAAACGCUUCUUCAGUGCUCAAAAAUGGAGGAUAGGAAUGAAAUGAAUGGGAAGAUGACGUACUGCGUGACGGGGGCAACAGGUUACAUAGGAUCAUGGCUCGUCAAAUCUCUCCUCCUAAGAGGCCACACAGUUCACGCCGCCGUCCGCAAUCCUGAGAAGGCAUCUCAUUUGUUCAAGGUUUGGCAAGAUGGGGGUAGAUUAAGUCUUUUCAAGUCUGAUUUACACGAAGAUGGAAGUUUCGACGAUGCCGUAAGAGGCUGUGACGGUGUUUUCCACGUUGCAGCUUCGAUGGAAUUCGACGUGCCAGCUUCAAGAGAUUCCGACAGCUAUGUUAAAACAGAAGUCAUAGAUCCAGCUAUUAGAGGAACAUUGAACAUUCUGAAAGCUUGUUUAAAAUCGAACACUGUUAAGCGAUUUGUUUUUACGUCGUCCGUAAGCACAAUGACUGCAAAAGACAGCUCCGGAGGAUGGUUACCGAUUGUCGAUGAAUCUUGCCAGACACGUGUUGAUCAUGUCCUAAAUACUAAAUCAAGCGGCUGGGUAUACGUACUCUCGAAGCUGUACGCAGAAGAGGCAGCAUUUCAGUUUGCAGAGGAGAACGGCAUUCAUAUAAUAUCGGUAAUCACAACAACGGUGGGCGGUCCGUUUCUCACUCCGACAGUUCCAGCAAGCAUUCAAGUUCUGCUUUCCCCAAUUACAGGUGAUCCGAAGCUGCUACCUAUCUUGGCUUCUGUGAACUCAAGAAUGGGAUCCAUUGCAUUGGUUCACAUUGAAGAUAUAUGCGGUGCGCAUAUAUUUCUUAUGGAGCAUGAAAAUGCUCGAGGGCGAUACAUAUGCUGUACCGAGAGUUGCGUGCUGUCUGAACUGGUUGGGACUCUUACCGCAGAGUACCCUUGUUCGUAUUCACAGAGGAUUGAAGGAAUGGAGCGGGAUUCAGCGCCUAGUAAGAUUUCGUCUCAGAGAAUUAGAGACAUGGGAUUUAAGUUCGAUUAUAGCAUUCAAGAUAUUGUACAUCAUACUGUCGUGAGUUGUGUAGAUUGUGGUUUCUUAGCUUCAAGAUAGAUGUUGCUCAAAUUAUCUGCAUUUUUUUUUGUAUGAAUGAAUUGUUACAAUAAAUUAGGGCAAAUUACGGCCAACCCCCUAAGGAAAUGUCAAAUUAC